GAGCUUGUGUCAGACUCUGACGUCAGUAGGAGAUUUUGAUCAAGAACCAUCUUGAAGGUUUAUUCUCUGUGCAAAAGUAAAAUCGUCCUAUAAAGGGCUUGUCGUUUGCUGUGUUUUGGUGUUUGCCUUUGUACUUAUCCACGUUCGGUGGUACUCCGGAAAUUCUAUUUUCAAUGUGUAUGGCUAUAGCAUAUUUGGGUGAACCUGUUCUCGCAUACAUGGAGUUCCAUUUGGAUAGUGCAGAAUAUUGCCAGGCCCAACACAAAUAAAUUAAAUGCAAACAAAAAUAUCAAAAUAAUUUGCAAUUUCGCUAUAGCUAAUUGGAUUUACCUCGACAAAGCCAAAUAAGCUCUGCAUUAAACUUUAUUUUAUUUUUCUAAUUUAUUUCUUUCCUUCGAACAUAGGAUGCGUUGUUGAGUUUUCUUGAAUUCAUGCUGGUGCAUAUCACUUUAGUGUAAGGAACAUUCACGCAAACUUUUUUUCAGUUAUCUAUUGUCUUAGAUUUUUUUCUAACUGUUUGUGCUUUAGUACCUAAAAACACAAAAUAGAUCAAUAGUUGAAUUGUAUCAAAUAAAAAAAGGCUAUGACUACUGGCAUCAUGAGACAGAAGGAUUUGCGACCAGCACCAGCUGAAAUAGAAUAUAAAGGCUUUAAAUUUCUUAUUACUGACAGACCUUCAGAUCAAAAUAUCGUACUUUACAUUCAGGAACUGCAAAAACAUAAUGUGACAACAGUAGUUCGCGUAUGCGAACCGUCUUAUAAAACUGAUGAGCUUAAGAAUGUUAACAUCGAGGUUUUUGAUUUAAUGUAUGACGAUGGUACUUUCCCGCCCAAUGACAUAGUUGACGAAUGGUUUAAAGUGCUGAAGAAGCAGUUUAACGAGCAUCCAGAUGGAUGCGUGGCGGUUCACUGCGUUGCCGGACUAGGCAGGGCUCCCGUUAUGGUCGCUCUAGCCCUCAUUGAGCUAGGUUUGAAAUAUGAAGAGGCAGUGGAACUAAUAAGAGAGAAAAGGCGUGGGGCCAUCAAUGCCAAACAACUGGCCUUCUUAGAGAAGUACCGUCCCAAAUCUCGAUUGAAAGCCAAAAACGGACACAAGAACUCAUGCUGCGUUCAGUGAAAUUAAACAAAAUUGCACUUCCUCCACUUAUAUAUGUGUUCAGCCCUUUAAUAUACAGGACAUUCAAAUAAGCAUGUCUCUUAAGUAUAUAUGGCAUAUACGUAAAGUAAAAGCUGCUUCCUUUUUUAUGUUAUUCAAUCAAAAUUUCUUUAAUUGAUGUGAAUUAGAAAUUACUGAUAAAUAACAUAUAUGGUAUUAGAAUAAAAAAAAAAUAUGUACUUUUUUAUUAGUUUCAGCUGAAAAUGCUUCUUGAAACACAGGGAGAGGAAAUUUAAUAUUUAUUUGAUAAAUGUACUUAAAAACUCAACAAUGACGUUCACUUUCAUUUCAAGAUUUGGCUGAUGAUUUAAUUUUUUUUUAAUUGACAAAAUGAACAAUAUUGAUUUUAUUGUUAAAACGUGUUUCUCUCUUUAUUUA